GAUUCUGUUGUUAGCAAAUUUCCAAAGUUCUUUUUCAUUUUUUAACUCAAACCAUAUUUAAUUGUUAGAAAUAAAUUAUUAUUAUUACAUAUAAACUUUGGAACAUAGGGGUGGUUUUGGGCUCUGGAGGUAAUGUUUUGUGAUAUUAUGUAGAAAUUUUCCUUAAGUGCAAACAAGAAGACAAUUAUGAUAGGCCGAUAAUUAUUGAGCAAGGUUUAUUAUGCUAUUGCUGAGGGAACAAGAAAUAAUGCAGACUACUGUUAAUCAAGGUUAUUCAACAAAACCUCCACAAGUGAGACCAGUGGAUAGUGAAGGACAGCAAGAACAUUUCGCGUGCUGUCCUGAUAUUUUAUGUUAGUACACAUCUCACUGUACACAUCAUAACAACUCAGUGUAAGUUCUCAUUCUCAACAUAUAGUUAUAAACAUAUUCUGUCAUAAAACCAUUUUCCACGGUAUCAUCUUCUUCCUAUUAUUAACCUCCUUCUCUUACAAUAGAAGAUUUUCAUCAUAUUUUUAAAACACAAUGUCUAUAGCUCCUAUUACUGAGGAACAGAAGAAAUGUGUGAUGAAAGACAUUGGUUACGAUGACACUCAAAUGCAAAACAAAAUUCAGCAAGUAAAGGAAUGGAUGAAAAAACAACCACACCUACCACAACUUCCAGAUGAGAUAUACGACACCUUUAUAUGUUCAUUUUUGAUUGGAACAAAAAUGAGCACUGAAAGAGCAAAGUACAAACUAGACACAUUCUACGCCAUGAGACACCAAUUUCCGGAUGUCUAUCUCAACAGAGAUCCAACAAUGAAAGAUGUCAGGGACAGUGUUGAUAAAAUACGAUUUAUGCAUUUAUCGGAGAUGACACAUGACGCUAUUGGAAUCUAUAUAAUAUCGUUCAAUCCUGACAAGGACAACAGGUGUGCAGCCAAAGACAUAAAAAAUUUGUAUAAGCGCAUAACAGCAGUACUUGAUUUCAUUUUACUACACGCUACUUAUAACAGUGGAGUCUACACCAUUUGUGAUUUGUCUGGAUUGUCUGCAUCACACCUCACUGAGCUACCUUGGCUCUACAUGCAGAAAUUUACUGCUCUCGGUCUGGAAGCUCUUCCUGCCCGACUGAAGGGGAUUUUUAUCAUUAACGCCCCCACCUUCUUUGAUACUAUAUAUAAUCUGUUCAAACCAAUCCUUUCAGAAAAAAUGAAGAAAAGGCUGCAAAUUCUUCCUAACUACAAGGACCUUUACAAAUACAUUCCCAAGAGAAUCCUCCCUUCGAACUAUGGGGGUGAUGGUCCCACUCUCGAGGAAUCAAGCAGAGAAUGGCAGAAAACCAUAGAAUCGAUUCGUGACUUCCUCAUUGAGGAUGGAACAAGAAUCACUGAUGAAUCCAAACGACCAAAAGAAUCUCACAAUGAUUGUGGACAGGUAUUUGGUGUUGACGGAACCUUCAACAAAUUAGCAAUUGACUGAACUAAAAUACAUUACUUUCAAUCAGAAGAGAGGUUUUCGUUACACAAAUUAUGUGAUAUAAAAAAGAAAUCAAAUAAAAAUCUUUGGCAAUGUUCA